GUCUCUAGCAGUAGGUCACUGUCUUGGAUAAUUCAUCAAGAAUUCAGAAAAAGAUAACUGUGCAAUGUUUUUAGGUGUUACUCAAGCAGGGAGCUGAUAAUGCAGUUCAGGAACUGUAAAGCUACAAAGGAGCCCUAACUGCAGUUUGUCUUAAUCUGCAUUAUAAUUAUGUUAAUUUGUGCCAUAUGUUAACUUCAUGUUUUCUUUCUCUCUCACUUCUCCAGUUCAGUGAUCAUGAAAGGUGCCAGGUUGACAACCCUGAAAACAGAAGCCCUACUUGUCCACAGAACAGUGUGGUAGAGGCACUAAUGAGGAACCUGCUGAAGUUUUAAUGUGCAUAUUCGUGUUAGUCCGUGCUUAAGCAUUUAGUAGACAGAAUGGCCCAGCAAGCAAAUGUUGGUGAGCUCCUCUCAAUGCUGGAUUCUUCGGUUCUUGACAUGGAAGAUAUAACAGCUGCCUUCAAAGACAACCUCAACUCUGACCGUGGACCUAUGCUUGUGAACAACCUAGUAGAUUAUUUCUUGGAAUCCAAUUCUCAGCAGGCAUUACACAUCCUGUCCAGCUUGCAAGAGCCUCAUGACAAGCACCUACUGGAUAAAAUUAAUGAAUAUAUGGGCAAAGCUGCUACCCGUUUACCCACUCUCUCACUAUUGGGUCAUGUGAUAAGACGACAGCCAUCUUGGAAACACAAGCUUUCUCAAGCGCCUCUCCUACUUUCGUUACUCAAGUGUCUCAAGACUGACACAGAUGUAGUAGUACUCACCACAGGCGUUCUAGUGUUAAUAACAAUGCUGCCAAUGAUUCCACAGUCUGGCAAACAGUACCUGCACGAUUUCUUCGUUAUCUUUGGCCGUCUCUCAGCCUGGUGCUUGCAGAAUCCAGGUCACGUUCCAGAGAUCUAUCUUGUACACCUCCAUGCCAGUGUUUAUGCUCUCUUUCACCGCCUUUAUGGAAUGUACCCGUGCAAUUUUGUCUCCUUUCUGCGUUCUUACUACAGUAUGAAGGAAAACCUGGAGACCUUUGAAGAGGUGGUCAAGCCAAUGAUGGAACAUGUGCGAAUUCAUCCAGAAUUAGUGACUGGAUCCAAGGACCAUGAACUGGACCCACGAAGGUGGAAAAGACUAGAAACGCAUGAUGUUGUGAUAGAAUGUGCCAAAAUCUCCCUGGACCCAGCAGAAGCCUCAUAUGAAGAUGGCUAUUGCUCUGUGUCACGGAAAAUCUGCACACACUUAAAGCAUCAUCAAACUGACCUCAGUGCCAGCCAUUACAGUGACACACCGAGCAGCUAUGGGACUUCUACACCUAAUUCCACUCCUCGGCUAACACUAUCACAAAUGCCAGGGCAGCUACCUCAGACUCUGAGCCCACAAUCUAUGCAGCUGUCAACUGAGCCACAGCAGGUUACCAUCUGGAGCCCUUCCGUAACUUGUGGUAUGACCACUCCACCAACUUCCCCUGGAAUUAUUUCAUCAGAGUCCUCACAAACUUCAUCACAACCUUACAGCAAGUUUUUUGGCACAGCUGCAGGUGGGAAAGGGACUCCACUGGGGACACCAGCCACCUCCCCUCCUCCGUCCUGCAUUUCAGAUGACUUUGUACACGUUUCACCCCCUUCAGCUGCUGCCACACCUCACAAGAAGGAGGACAAACCGGAUCCUGGGAGGCCUUCGCUGUCCCGACAGCAAAAUGUCAUAAACAGCGAGAAAGCAUUGGAAGCACCUGGCAGUAAAAAUUCUGUACCUUUGAGAGAUCUUCCAGAAUUUUUAGGUGGUCUGGCCUAUGAUGAGGACAGUGUUGAAAAGGACAAAGAAGAAGAUGCAAUAUCAAAAGAAAUCUCUGAGAUCACCACAGAUGCUGAGCCCAUGGUGCCUAGAGGAGGUUUUGACUCUCCAUUCUAUCGAAGUUGCGAGAGUUUACUAGGCUGUCAAAAGAAGCCCCAAUCUAUAGCCUUGGGUGUUCAGGGACACAGUCUAACCUCUGAGCAUUUAACCUCUUCUCUGGACAAACCUGGUCCUGAGGGUACACGAGACACACCUAAACAAGCAUUUACUCCUAUAGACAAGCCGUCUGGAGGCACUGGUGAGAACCCUGCUGGUAACGGGGAAAGCCAAACCUCUGUGGAGACCAGUAUCCUCACUCCUAGCCCUUGCAAAGUACCAGCACAGAGAAGGAUAGAGCUUGGAAGUUGGCAGCCUCCCCAGUAUGAGCAUCUUUUUGAGGUUGCAUUACCAAAGACUGCCUACCUCUUUGUCAGCAAGAAAACUGAGGAGCUGUUUAAGAAAGCCAAGGGAAAUCUAGAUGAAGACUGCACAUGUUCCACCUCUCCAGUGGAAGUACUGGAUAGAUUGAUACAACAAGGAGCGGAUGCACAUACCAAGGAGCUCAACAAAUUGCCUUUGCCAAGCAAAUCUGCUGACUGGACCCACUUUGGAGGUUCUCCCCCUUCAGAUGAGAUUCAUACCCUGCGUAACCAGUUGCUUCUGCUGCACAGCCAGUUAUUGUAUGAACGCUUCAAAAGGCAACAGCAUGCCCUUCGGAACCGGCGCCUCCUGCGGAAAGUGAUCAAAGCAACUGCAUUAGAGGAACAUAAUGCUGCUAUGAAAGAUCAGCUGAAGCUUCAGGAGAAGGAUAUCCAGUUCUUGAAGCUUAGUCUGCAGAAAGAGCAGGCCAGGUACCACCAGUUUCAAGAAGAACAUGAUAAUAUAGUGGCUCAGCUUCACAGCCAGAUCAGACAGCUGCAGCAUGACCGGGAGGAAUUCUUCAAUCAGAGCCAGGAGUUGCAGACCAAGCUGGAGGACUGCCGGAAUAUGAUUGCAGAUUUGAGGUUAGAAUUAAAGAAGGCCAAUAACAAGGUGUGUCACACAGAAUUGCUUCUCAGUCAAGUUUCCCAGAAGCUUUCUAACAGUGAGUCGGUUCAGCAGCAGAUGGAAUUCUUGAAUAGGCAACUUCUGGUCCUUGGGGAGGUCAAUGAGUUGUACUUGGAACAGCUGCAGCACAAGCAUGCGGAUACAACGAAGGAAGUGGAAAUGUUGCAGGUUACUUUUCGGAAAGAACUGGAGAAAGCAAAAUUCUAUGUUCAGCAGCAAAGCCAAAGGCUUGAUGCCUCCCAGAAACGGAUAAUUGAAUUGGAGUCUCAGCUUGCAAAGAAAGACCAUCUCUUCUUGGAGCAAAAGAAAUACCUAGAGGAUGUCAAAAUCCAAGCAAGAGGCCAGCUGCAAGCAGUAGAGAGCAGGUACAAGGCCCAGAAAAGAAUUACACAAGCGUUUGAGUUGGAGAUAUUGGAUCUGUAUGGCCGACUAGAGAAGGACAGCCGACUGAGAAUGAGAAAACUUGAUGAAAACGCAGAAGCAGCUGAAGUAGCAGAAGAAAGGCCAGAUUGUGGGAAUGAAGGUUGUGCUGACCCUGUGGCAGGGUACAGUGAAGAAGCAGUUGGCAGAAAUGGAGAGACCAGACCUCCCAGCACCCAUGGUAGCAACAACAGUAAAGGUGGCAGCAGCAGUGAGUUGUCCACUCCAGAGAAGCCCCAAAACCAGAGAUUGGGGCCAUUUGGCAGUCGCUGGGAAACAACUGUGUCACUGGAGCCCUCCACUAGUGUCCCAUUAACUGUAGGCUCACUCCCCAGCUCCAAAAGCUUCCUUGGAAUGAAGGCACGUGAAUUAUUCCGCAACAAGAGUGAGAGCCAGUGUGAUGGGGAGGGGGCAGUGAUCAUCAGUAGCCUUUCUGAUACUUUAAAGACCGAACUCUGUAAAGAUCCAAGCAUGGAGGUAAAGACUCUGCCAGGCCCCGAGAACCCCAGUCCCUCGUUGAAGAACCAGGAAAGCAGUGUUGGACAGCUUCAUAUCAUGGACUAUAAUGAAACUCAUCAUGACCACAGUUAAAAAGGAAGAUAGUCAAUCAGUGUUAUUUUCAUAUUCUUGGCAUAGAACAGGAGGUGUGAAUGCAAGUUUAACUAAAAGCUUUUCUGUUUCAUGGGUCUGAGUGGCUAGCUCAUGCAGCGGAAACAGGAUUAACGUCCAUUAAAAGAAAA